UUGAGUGUAAUUUAUUUAUUUUCACGGCAUUUUAAAUUAUUUCGGAACGAUAAUUAUUGUUUUUGACUUGUUUAUUCAGUUAAAAGAAUAUACAUAGCAAAUAAUAUCAAGUAUAACCUUUACCUUGUUGUGAUCUUGUGGGAUCUGUAGAUCAGAAUGGCUCAGAGGGAACGUCGCUCCAAUGCUGGGAAUCGCAUGGCAAAGCUGUUGGACGAAGAGGAGGAAGAUGAUUUCUACAAAACCACGUACGGUGGCUUUCAGGAAGUAGCUGAGGAUAACGAUUAUGUUCAAGAAAAAGAAACGGAGGAUGUGGUGGACUCCGAUUUUGAUAUUGAUGAAAAUGACGAACCGGUGUCUGAUCAGGAAACCGAUGAAAAGCAGAAAAGAAAAGUUGGCACUAAGGCAUAUAAGGAUCCCAACAGGAAGAAGAAAGUAGCAGGAGCAUCAGCAGCAGUAGACAAACCAAAAAAAGUCAUUGUAAAGAAACCAAAGGAACUGAAGCCAAAAGAAGAAAAGGCUGAUAAAUCAGAAAAAUAUGCUGAUAUUUCUUUUGGGCGCAAAUCAAUCAGGCAGAGUACAGCGGUAAAGUCAGCAGAAACACUGCAGAGAAUCAAAAUCCGGUCCGAACUGAAAAAGAAGAAACCAAAGAAAAUCGAGGAAAAGAUGCCCACACAAGAAGAAUUGCUAGAAGAAGCCCUUGUUACAGAAAAAGAGAAUUUGAAGAGCUUAGAGAGGUUUGAACAAAUUGAAUUGGAGAGAAAGAAGAUACGUCCUACAAAGAAAACGAUUACUGGUCCUGUUAUAAGAUAUCAUUCGUUUUCUGUACCGAUUUCAAAUCCAGACGAUGAAAAGACAAGUUUAACGCCGAUAGCAGAUCUCACGCUAAGUGACAUCAUCAAAAGUGAAGAAGGCUUUCUGCCAGAUGAAAAUGCAGACGUGUCAAUGACAGAUCUGAAAACUGAGACAGACGAAUUCGCUAAGACUGAUACCAAAAUUGAUGUGGAAGUUAUCGGCCCGGAUGAUGACUUGGAUGUUGAAUCUUUGCCUAAAGCAGAAAAGCCGGACAAACCUAAGAGCAAUCAAGUGAAACACUACGAGCGAACGUUGCUAUCUUUCGAAAACGACAUCAAAGACAGAGCCUUCCGCUCUUGCUUCCCCAAGAGGCCGGUCAAGAGGAGGCGGGAACUGCUGUGCGCUGUCACUAAGAGGCCAGCCCGCUACAUAGACCCGAUCACCAAACUGCCGUACAGAAGCGUGGACGCGUUCAGAAUCAUACGGGAGGCGUAUUACCAACAGCUUGAGGCUCGAGGUGACAGAUCCGACCCACAAACGGCAGCGUGGUUGCAAUGGAGAAGAGCCGACGCGGCGUCUACAUACGUCCAGAUACAUAUCAAGUGAAACGGAGAUUAUAAUGGUUAGACUAGUUCCAGGCAUUGACCCCAGCGUUAGAUCCAUAAAGUUAUGUCCAA